CAAAUCCCUGCCCCACCGCCCCCCAAUUCCUAGGCCCCCCAGUUCCCACCCCAGCCCCGCCGCAUCCUGCCCACUCCCCCAGACACCCCCAUACUCCCAGCAGCCCCCCCGCCCCGUUAGGCUCUGCCUGUCAUCCCAUCCCCCAACCCUCCGCUCCGGCCUUCCGGCUCCAGCCCCCCCGACCCCCGCAGCUGCCCCCCAAUGGCCUUCCAGGGCCCCAGCCCCGCGCUCCAGCCCCAGCUCUGCAGCAACGUCCUGGGGGCGCUGACCGGGCUGAUCCAGCCCCCCCUGGCAGCGGGGCUGGGGGCGCCCCAGAAACGCUACUGCCCCACUGGGGUGCAGGGGGGGGCACCCCAGACCCCGCCGGCGCCCGCCCCAAAGACGGUGCAGCCCGAACCGGAUCGACCCAUCGGCUACGGCGCCUUCGGGGUUGUGUGGUCGGUGACGGACCCCCGGGAUGGGAAGCGGGUCGCGCUGAAGAAGAUGCCGAACGUUUUCCAGAAUCUCGUCUCCUGCAAACGGGUUUUUCGGGAACUCAGGAUGCUCUGUUACUUCAAACAUGAGAACGUGCUGUCGGCAAUGGAUAUCCUGCAGCCCCCCCAGAUCGACUGCUUCGAGGAGAUCUACGUGCUGACGGAGCUGAUGCAGAGCGACCUGCACAAGGUGAUCGUGUCCCCCCAGCCGCUGAGCGCCGAGCACAUCAAGGUCUUUCUCUACCAGAUCCUGCGCGGGCUGAAAUACUUGCACUCGGCCGGCGUGCUCCAUCGGGACAUCAAGCCGGGGAACCUGCUGGUGAACAGCAACUGCAUCCUCAAGAUCUGCGACUUCGGGCUGGCGCGGCUGGAGGAGCCGGACGAGGGGCAGCCCAUGACGCAGGAGGUGGUGACCCAGUACUACCGGGCCCCCGAGAUCCUCAUGGGGACCCCCCACUACGGCCCCCCCAUCGACCUCUGGGCCGUCGGCUGCAUCUUCGCCGAGCUGCUCGGCCGGCGCGUCCUCUUCCAGGGCUCCAGCCCCAUCCAGCAGCUGGACCUGAUCACAGACCUCCUCGGCACCCCCCCGCCCCACGCCCUGCGCUCGGCCUGCGAGGGGGCCCGGACCCACGUGCUGCGGGGCGCCCACAAACCGCCCGCGCUGUCCGUGCUGCAUCUGCUCUCGGGGGAGGCGACCCACGAGGCCGUUCACCUGCUCUGCCGCCUGCUGGUCUUCGACCCCGCGCGGCGGCUCUCGGCGCGGGCGGCGCUGGCUCACCCGUACCUGCAGGAGGGGCGACUCCGCUACCACACGUCCAUGUGCCGCUGCUGCCACAGCCUGGGCUCGGGGCGCGUCUACGCCAGCGAGUUCGAGCCCCCCGCCGCGGCCCCCCACUUCGACGACGCCUACGAGCGGGGCCUGCGCUCCGUCGGGCAGGCCAAAGAGCUGGUUCACAGCUUCAUCCUGGAGCAGCAGAAGGGGGCGCGGGUCCCCCUGUGCAUCAACCCCAACUCGGCCGCCUUCAAAACCUUCAUCCGGUCGACGGCCUGGCAUUCGUCGAAAGCUUCCAAGAAGGACGAGAGAUGAAGGCGGCUGGAGCAGCUUUGGGGUUCGGGGGUGGCCAGAUGGAAGGAGAAAGGGGGGGCUGGAGCCCCCCGGCCACAGCGGGACGGACCCCGAAUCGCCUGCUGAACUGCUGGGGAAAAGUCAAGGGUCCCGAACCUGAAAUCAAAGGGACCCUCGAGUUCCCCCUGAACCUCCCUGCACCCCCCAACCCCCUGAGUCUGCACUGGGAAUACGCCCCCCCGAGCCCCCCCGAAUCCCCUGAGUCUGCACUGGGAAUACGCCCCCCCGAGC